UAUAAAUAGAAAUGAAGACUGUUAGAAACAGACAAGAUCGAAGAGAAGGAAGCAACAAUUUAGAUGUACUCAGACAAGCUCUGUUGAUUUCAACUUCUCACAGCAAUUCCGGAAAUUUCUUAAAAUUUAAAAAUGAAAAGAAGAUCCAAAAUUUCACAAUAGAACAGCCCCUGAAGAAGAGAGAAAUUCCUCAGGAACCUACAAAAUUGAGGAAUAUUUUGAAACAGAAUACGUAUCUAGAGAAUAAAACAAAGAUUAGGAAAGCCAGUAAUGAUUCCAAAAACAAAGAUUGCUUAAGAGUCUAUCACCAUAUCCCAAAGAGUAGGGAUAAUAAAAAGAAGUUUCAACAAAUUCUACCCGUUCCAGGAAGAUCCUUGAAAGCCUCUUUUGAUACACUCCCUUCUCUAAAUACUCUCACUAAGUGAUUAAGGAUAAGGACUAAGGAGUCUGAUGAUAUGAUUUCAGAGAUCACUCAAAGAGUCCAAGAUAAAAUAUGCUCCUCUUCAAAAAUAGCCUUGUUCAAGAUAUUCAGCUAAUGCUCCUUUAUUGCUCUUCU